AUGUCGAAGUGUCGUUCAAGCUAUGCCUCACCAUCUCAAUCAUCUCAAUCCCCGUAUUCGCUAUGUCGAGGCCAACAAAUCUCAGAUUCUGUAACUCCUUCCGACAUCUCAGAUGAUACAUCUGACUCCUCGGAAGUGUAUAAUAUGUACAUACGCCGCUACCCAAAUGAACCAUUUGACGCUUACAUGGACUCAAUGCCGGAGACUUCAGAGGAAGCAUCUUACCUGCUCGAGAUGGCACAAGCUGAUCUCGAAGUUCGACGUCUCGAGAAGGACCUUGCUGAGCGGCUUCUUCAUCAAUUUCGCAUGCGCAAACACCACCUACGACUUCGAGCGAAGAGGGCAAAGAGAAAUUUUGGAGAUGCGGAAGCUAAUGUAGGGCGCACACGCGCUCUCGUGGUGAGGUGCGGGUUUGUCUGCUCAGAGCGGUCACUUUGGUCUCCUCGUCCAAAAUCCACCAUCAAGUCAUGCCAGCCUGUCCUCCUCAAGAACCCAAACGUAACUCAGUGUGUGGAUCUCGAUAGCUGUAUCCGAAGCAUCAGCGACUCCCCACCUAACCUCUGCUCUCACUUGGCUGCCGACUGUGCUGCAGUCCGUGAGGAGCUGCAUCAGCACCAUAACGUUUUGCCUGCACCCAACGAAGUCGUCUUUCAUGCUCAUUCGCAUUCACAUUCUCAGCUGCAUUACGCUCAGGACAAUGUCAAGAUGGGCAACUUGCCAUCUGAGUUGGAGGUCGAGGCCCUGUUGCUAUCAAAGGGCAAGGCCCUCCUUAUCAUAUUCAGCAUAUUCAAUUCCAUCUUUUGGGACACCGUCUCCGCUUCCCAACCUUUCAAACGAAAUGUCCGCCAUCGCAGUCCAUGUAGUCCCACAACCAGUGUGGACUCUAGCCCACCCCCACCUCGUACUCGUCGUAAACCACUCGAACAGGCCACUGCACGCCCUUCAGUAGGUUCAUCGACGGCUCAUGCAGCCAUAUCUGGAGGCACGCUCUCUGAUCCGAUUGACGUGGACAAUGAUGUCAAGGUCUGGCCAGGUGAUUUCUACGCAUGUGAUAUUGCCAAGGGCUUCAGACUCUGCGAGACAAUCAGCAAGUGUCGCUAA